AUGGCUUCAGAACAGAAGAGCCCCAUCAGCCUAGAGUACAAAGGCCGUGUCGCCAUCAUCACCAUCGACAACCAACAGAAGCUCAAUGCUCUCAACCAAGCAGCCUACUACGACCUCGCGCAGAAGCUGCGAGAGAUUGCGACCCACGACGAGGUCUUCAUCACAGUCCUCCUCGCCAAGGGCCGCUACUUCUCAGCCGGCGCGGAUGUGACCAUCGCGAGAGCCACGCCCGCAGCCGGCGACGUGGACAUCCACAAGCACUGGCUCCAGAACUUCGUCGCCUUCAACCUCAACAUCACCCACGCCUUCAGCACCCACCCAAAAAUCCUCGUCGUCGGCCUCAACGGCCCCGUCGUCGGCCUCUCCGCCGCCAUCGUCGCCUUCGCCGACUUCAUCUACGCCGCACCCCACACCUUCCUCCUCACCCCCUUCUCCUCCCUCGGCCUCGUCGCAGAGGGCGGCGCCUCCCGCGCCCUCGUCCAGCGCCUCGGCCCCGCCCGCGCCAACGAGGCCCUCAUCAUGAGCCGCCGCAUCUCCGCCGACCAGCUCGUCCAGGCGGGGUUCGUCAACGCCAUCUUCGACGUGGAGAAGGGCGACGACGCAAGGUUCCACGAGCUCGUGCUCCGCGAGGUCGACGAGAGGCUGGGCGAGCACCUGAGCGGGUCCAGCCUGCUGGGGAUCAAGAAGCUGAUCCGCAGGCCGGAGCUCGAGGUCACCAACGAGCAGAACGUGCACGAGGUGUUUGCCGGGCUGGAGCGGUUCGUCCAGGGGAUCCCGCAGGAGGAGUUCCGCAAGAUCGCGAGCGGGGAGAAGAAGCAUAAGCUGUAG